CACUGGCAGUCAAUUGUGGAGUGAUGGAGAGGAGAGAGGAGAAGAAAGGAGGAGUGAGAGUGGAGGAGGAGGAGGAAGAGGAGGAGGAAGACGGCGACGGAGAAGAGGAGACAGAGGGAGAAGAGAAGAGGAGAGUGGUGGUUGGGGGGUUGGGGAAGAAGGCGCGGCAGGGUCCGUGUUGCCAGGCCGAGCGCUGUAGGGCUGAUCUCAGUGCUGCCAAGCGCUAUCACAGGCGCCAUAAGGUCUGCGAGGUGCACUCCAAGUCGCCGUCUACGCUUGUUGCCGGUCUUCUCCAGCGUUUCUGCCAACAGUGUAGCAGGUUUCAUGAAUUAUCAGAGUUUGAUGAAGCAAAGAGGAGUUGCCGUAGGCGCCUUGCAGGCCAUAAUGAGCGACGUAGGAAGACACCGUCGACAGAGGGAGGAGUGAAUGGCCGAAGGGGAGGAGCCGUGGCCAUCGCCAUCGAUCAUAAUCACCAACUCAAAGAUAAUAGUAACAUUUGUAGACACAACACAACCGAUCAAGUUGCUACUGCAGCUGCUGCUACAAGGAUGCAGAUAAACCCCUUGCAACCAAACCCUACUUCUUCCUACAAGCAUUUCCAGAUCAGAUAAGGAUGCUACUGCCUUCUAUAUCUCUCAAAUCAAUUAUGCUCUCUCUCUUCUGUCAUGAGAUAUUCUACCACUAUUUAUGUGGCAUUGGGAUCUUCUUCAAACCCUUCUUGAUGCCUGCAUCUUCUUAUUUUAAGGCUUGCCUGAGAUGAAGUGCUCUAAGAUGAAGAGCUCUAUCUCCCUCACUCUCUCUAUCUAUAUAUAUAUAUAUAUCUCUAUUGAGCUACAACUUCUCCAUUGGGUGCUUUAAUAUCAACAAGAGAGAUUAAAACUAC